ACUUCUCUGCCAACAACAACUCGUUGCGGUUUUUCGGCUGAGUUUGUUUUCUGCUCCCAAUUCCGCUGCAAAAGAAAAAGUGAAAAGCCAGCGAAAAAUAUGCAGCAUGUGAAGCAUCGCCAGUUGCAUUUAUAGUCCAAGCGUUGCAAUCGAAGAAUAGUCGCGGAAAGCUCGUGCGAAAAGCAGGUGAAUGUGUGACGAAAAAAAGUGCUGCAAGUGAAGAGAAACAUUGCUGCAGCCAGCAGUUGUUGUGCGUGAGCGUGUGAGUGAGUGAGUAAGUGAGUGUCGCAUCUCUGUCGCUCUCUCUGGACGCGAUUUCCGUGGCCCAAAGAGAUUUCGCCUAAAGGAGAUUCCCGAAUCCGGAGCAACCGAAAUAGCGCAACGAGAUGUUGGUGAAGGCGAUGACUACGAUGACUACGAUGGCGCUGCUAACGAAGCAGAUGAUGUAAACGCUGAAAACGCUGCCACAGCCAUAUCCCCUUUCUCUUCUCUAUCUCAACUCUUGGUCACUCUCCAAAAAAGAAAAAAGAAAAUUAAACCGAAACGAAAGCGAAAACGAAAACCCAGGAGGAAAACUCAACUCGAGAAGCGAGAAACCAAAGCCCACGACUGACGCAUUGGAUUUCGUUUCGACUGAAAUCGAAACUUCAUUCUUUUGGACACCAAACUGACACAUAUCGGGCAACGUUCGUAUCGUAUCGAACAUGAGAUUGCCACGGUGCCUAUCGGUGCUCCUGCUCCUGGCCAUUGCAGUACACUUGGUGCUCGCCGAGCGGGACUUCAAUGUGAACGACUCCCAGGUUCCUGUCAUUGAGCCCAAGGAUGUGCCCGCCUACAAGCAGGAUCCCUAUGUCACGGAAUUAAUGAGCUGCCAAAAUACACACAGCGAGAUCGUGCUUUCGUUGCUGUUAAAGAAGCACGACUGGAGCGAGCUGACGGCCACCAAGCGAGCCCAUGUCCAGGCCAAGUUGGCCAAGUUCUUUGCCAUUCCAAAGGAAUUCAUUUCCCUGGAUUCGGUGUCGAAGCGUGAGUUGAAGAUCAUGCACAAGUUGGCCAUGCGAAAGGGAGGCAAGGGUAACAAGAAUAUUGAGACUCUAAAUCGCCGCCUAGGACGCGCCAGUUUCAUGAUCGGCUGUGGUCCCAGUUAUUUUGUGAUGGGUGAACCGAUUGCCAAGCAGAUUGCCCACCAGGUGAAGGACGGCACCAUUGGAGCUCUGACAGAGGAGAACUUUGGCCUUUGGUUCAUUUGGCGCAAGGAAUUGAAGUCGCGAUCAAACCGUAAACGACGCCAGUCUGAGGGCUCCGGUGCUGACGAGGAUGACUAUGACUACGGGGAUGACGAAGAGGAAGUUUCAGAGCCCAGUACGGAAGUGCCGGCGGUGACCACGCAUGCGCAUCGGCAUCAUCAUGGAGCGUCGGAGGUGUCGCCAGAGUCUGUCCCCUCGUCGGCCAUGCCCUUGGUGCCGAAUGUCCAGGAGGAGAUCGAGGAGAGCGUGUCCAAGCUGGAGUCCGUGAUCAGCAAGACGAUUGAGAAUACGAAGAAUAUCAAGGAGCUGCCCGUUCUGGGCGUAGCCGAGGAUGGUGACGACGAGGAGGAUGUCGAACUGCAGCAGUUGGUCGUUCCGCUGGCAGUGGAGAUACCACAGGAGGAGACCACCAGCAAGACAGCCACGACAACGACGGAGAUGGUAAAGCCCAGUUACUUGGAGGAGAAUGCAAUUCAGGUGGACUCGGCCAUCGAUGUGGAGGAGGAGGCCUUGCCUCCCACGCUGGCGCCAUCGGUGCCGGCCUCUGAAACAGAACAUAAGCAGCAGCCAUUCUCGCCCUAUGAUGCCACCUCUUCGGUGUCGUCGUCGUCGUCUUCGUCAGCUGGCGAGGCUUCGUCCUCGGUGCCAUCGUUCCCUCAUACCUCCUCCUCCGCCUCGCCCACAUCCACGCCCACAGAGCUAGACAGCCAAACAACCUCCUCCUCUGCUGCUGCUGUAUCAUCAUCAACUCCAUCUCCAUCUCCAUAUCCAUCCGACCCAGCAUCAUCCUCAUCCUCAUCCACAUCCCAAGCCACUCAACCAACAACAACAACUACAUCAACAAGCACAACAGCAACAAUCUCAACUACAACAUCAGCAACAUCAACAGCAACAACAACCACGACACUGUCUGAAUCGCCAAAGGACGGAGAACCCGAUGCCAUCAGCAACAGUAGCGGCAGCAGCAGCAGCAACAUGAGCGCCGGUUUGGCCAAUAACGAGAUGUCCACGGCGGCCACGCCCUCGUCCUCGGUGGCCACGACUACAGCGGCCACACCGGACUCGAGCAGCAGCAGCACCUUCAUCUCCCCGGACUACAUGGAACCACAGCCGGAGGAGAAUAGUCCGCCGAUUAUUAAGACGCGCCUGCAGAAGCUGGCGGUGACCUCGGGCAAGGCUUUCACUUUCCACGUGCUCCCUGAUACGUUCGUCGAUGCCGAGGACCAGGGCAAUUUGCGACUGGCACUUACGGACAAGGAUGGCCAUGAACUGAAGGCCAGCUCCUGGCUGCAGUUCAACGCGGAUAAAAGGGAGCUGUACGGCCUGCCCCUGGACGAUGCGGUUUCCCGUUGGCAGUACCGGCUUUCGGCCACGGAUUCCGGCAACGCCAGCGUCACCGAGACGGUGGAGAUCAGUGUGCAGCAGCAUCGGGCGGUUAGGACGAUUAAUCACGAGAUUAGCAUUGCGGUGAGGAUAAACGAGAAACUCCAUGGCCACAACAUCGACUGGCAGAUGAAGCUGAUCAAUGCCGUGGCCAGGACACUGGAUGACUCCAGCAACGCGGCGAUAGUGGUGCGAGAAGUCCGUCAGACAGCGCAGGAUCCGCAUAGCGCCGUCUUUGUGUACUUCAAUGAGACGCUGCCGACCAGCGAGUGUCCCGAAAAGGAACUGCACGACAUUAUUGCCAGGCUAGAUGCCCAGCGAUUGAGUGACUUGGUAGAGCCAACCCUGGGCAUCAAGUCCAUAACCGGACAGCUGAUUGGAUCCUGCCAGAAGGACCUGACCCGUGUGAAGCCCACCCAGCACAUGGCCAAGAAUGUGCCGCCGAUGCCGCGCAACCAAGUGGAUCGUGUCAAUGCCAGCGUAGGCCAGCUACUGGUCUUCAAGGUGCCGGCGGACUUUUACGAUGCCAACGACAAUCAACUGACGCUCACGCUGAAGACCAAGGACCACAAGGAGCUGGGUACCCGGCACUGGCUGCAGUUUGACUCAAAGAAUGAGGAGUUCUUCGGAAUUCCCAAGGGCGGUGACAUCGGCUCCGAGGAGUAUCUGCUGGUGGCCGAGGAUAGUGGUGGCCUGAGCGCUCACGAUGCUCUCGUUGUGGUGGUCAAUCAUGCGCCCAAGAAGGAGUUCGCGGGCUACUUCAAGGCCUAUCUGGCCAUUAGGCACGAGAACUUCAACGCCGAGCUGCAGCGCAAGUUUGUGGAGCGUGUGGCGAAGCUGCAUGGCGAUGCCAACACCAAUCAGAUCCAGAUCCGAUCCAUCAACAUGCACCACGACUCGGAUGGCACUAUUGUGAACUUCUACAAUACAUCGCUGUACAAGUCACACAACCGGUGUCCCGAGAAGGAGCUGAUAGCCACCAGGAGCGUUUACCUGAAUAGCGAUAUGAGCUUGAAGGAGGGCGUGAAACGGGCAUUGGGUCCUGAGUUGAAUUUAACCAACUUUUCGGCGGUGCCCGGCACCAACUGCCAUCAUCCUGAGAUAAUAGACAUCCACCAUAAUGACUAUGUGCCAUCUCGCCCCGAGGAGCCUAGCUCAAAGUCCACAUUUAGCGAGGAAUACAUGGCCAACAUUGUGCUGCCUGCUGUAAUUAUUAUCGUAAUGAUUAUAGUGGCCUCCAUCAUUGCCUGCUGCCUGCACAGGCGUCGCCACAAGAGUGGCAAAAUGGAGCUGGGUGAUGAAGAAGAGCGCAAAUCCUUCCGUGCCAAGGGCAUACCCGUCAUCUUCCAGGACGAGUACGAGGAGAAGCCCGAGAUCGGCAACAAGAGUCCCGUCAUACUCAAAGACGAGAAGCCGCCGCUGCUGCCACCGUCCUAUAAUACCUCAAACAUGAAUGGCGACAACGAUGUGGACGAUUAUGUGCCACCGCCAUCUGUUGUCGUGGGCGGUCGGGAGGUGCGAGGGAAGUCACCGGCCACGCCCUCCUACCGCAAGCCACCGCCAUAUGUGUCGCCAUAAAUAUACUUCAGUGUCAAGUAGAGGAGCAAUGAGCAGAGGGAACGAGAAGAAACAGCAACAAUAAUAACAAUCGCAUCGUAUUAACCACACAACAAUCUAUAUAUAGAUAUAUACAUACAUAUAUAUAUAUAUAUAUAUUUAACCGAUUCGGCACAAGUUAUAUGCAACUAAGCAAACUCUUUUGUAUAUAUCCAAGUGCAAAUUGGUUUCUUUGGACAUUGUAUUCGAAUUGAAUAGGGGCGCAAAAAGCGAGAGAGCCCCCAGCCGAGAAGUAUUCGCCAAGUCGAUGGAGUAUGGAGUUUUUUUGGUGACGAGGUUUUUGUAUUAUGAGAGAAACAAUCAAUUAACAAACACACACCUAAGCUUAACCGAGAAUCACUAAACACACAACAAGACGAUGAUGAACUAUGCUGCAUAUUAUUUAUUUAGUAUGUACUCUUAAUUUAUAUAUAUAUAUGUGUAUACCACGCGAGAACACACUGACCACACACAUCAAGGAGAGGAGUUUAUUAGACAAGCAAUUAGUGGCUUGAAAAACACACAAAACACAAACACACACACACACGAGCCCAUUUAAAACAUAGCAUUUAAAACUAUUUGUACUAAUUAAGUUAAUAGAGAGAGAGAUAAAGGAAUGUCCUUUGUCCGAAUUUUAGUGCUUGCCGGACUUUCUGCUUAAUUUGCUUAAGCUGAAUUGUUUGCAUUGUUUAUAUUACAUCAAAAAUGUUAAGGAAAUUUUCUAACAAAAGCAUCGCUUGGGACCGCCGAGUCAAGGCUUUGUACUUGCUGCUGGUUGGCUUCCCACUCGUUUGGGU